AUGUCAGGUCGCGGCAAAGGAGGUAAAGGUCUCGGAAAAGGAGGCGCCAAGCGUCACCGAAAGAUCCUUCGGGAUAACAUCCAAGGUAUCACUAAGCCAGCCAUCCGUCGACUUGCUCGUCGUGGCGGUGUCAAGCGUAUCUCUGGUCUGAUCUACGAAGAGACUCGCGGUGUUCUCAAAGUUUUCCUCGAGAAUGUGAUCCGUGAUGCUGUGACAUACACCGAGCACGCCAAGAGAAAGACUGUGACAGCCAUGGAUGUGGUGUACGCUCUGAAGAGACAAGGUCGCACUCUGUACGGCUUUGGCGGUUAGACGGACACUUCGAUACACAAACAAACGGCUCCUUUGGGAGCCACCAAAUCUUAUAAAAGUCGUGACCAAUAAAAUGAUUGAAAUAAUCGAUUAGAAAGAUUGGAAUCAUAUUUUUUCUUGCUACGUGAAGCGCGCACCCGAAUGGCCACAUUGAAUUUCAUUUUAGAGUACAUUUUCUUGUCUGUUGAAUUUGUUGAGUGUUAGAAUUGAUAUAAACGGUCUGAGUUUUGUAAUAUUGUGGCUAAUACAGCGAGCGAGAAAAUUGCUUUCCUCAGUGUCUGGUUAGAUUAUUCAGUUUUGAAGUUCGAAAAUUUGUAAAACAAGAAGUGGCCGUCUUUCGUUUUCUUGCGUAGUCAUGAAUCAUAAAUUUUCUCAUAUGUUGCAGCAUGCUCUCUUUUAUAGUUAAUCACAAUGCACAUAGGCGCAAAAAAAGAGAACACUUCUACGGAGCAUUGCCGGGUUUUUGGAAGCUUUGAACCAUGCAUUUUGUGGCCGCUAUACUUACUGAGACGACCACAGGUGCAGCAGCGAAUAACAAGAAAAAUUUUUAUAUACCCUCCAGGCGUGACAAAUUUUGCGCAAUGUCUCUGAUGUUCUUCCAUCGAGUGGUCCAACGAAAAGAGAGAAACCUUUUCACUUUGUAUCGCAUUUGCAAGCGCAAAACAUUCUAGACAGCUUUGCGUCAUCGAGAUCUGUCAAAUAUAAAUAUUCGUUGCUUUCUAUACUUUGCGCAGUGUAGGUGAUGAAAGAAAAUGCGAGAAAAUUUUGGCGCAAUUCCUGUAACGGUCUAGGGACAAUGCAGAAGAACCGGCUUACGUCGCGGAUUUCUGCACAUAAAUCACAUGUCAGAGUUGGUGUAAUUUUAACUGAAAAUUUGGGGUAUUGUCACGGCGAAAGAAUUGUGAACCACUAAUAAAAAAAAAAAAUUCAUAGCCCACGAAUCGACGUGAGUUGAAACGCAAGGAUCUUGGCGGCUACCCAAUUGGAGUCCAAAAUCACUACAAAGAAAGACCGCCAAGAUAUUUUAAAUCGGGAGCACAUGAUUCCAUAAUAACCUUAACGAAUUUUAGUGCGUGAAAAAGGUCUUGACCAAACACCAAGCAACCACUCUUUCAUGUAAUUAAUAAAGAAGAUAUUUUUGAACUGGAAAAGUGAGACAACUUCUGUUCAGGUUAUCCUUUGAAUGUUUGACGGAUAUGGAAGGAAUAAAAGAACAAUUGGUAAAGACUUUCAUUGUAUUUGGUGGCUCCUAAAGGAGCCGUUUUGUGUAAGUGAAAACAUUGUCUAGGCUUUUGGCUUCUUCUCAGUCUUCUUGGGUAGAAGAACAGCCUGGAUGUUGGGAAGUACACCUCCCUGUGCAAUGGUGACGCCAGCCAGCAGUUUGUUCAACUCCUCGUCAUUACGGACAGCUAGCUGAAGGUGACGGGGGAUGAUUCUUGUUUUCUUGUUGUCACGAGCAGCGUUGCCCGCCAACUCGAGGAUCUCAGCGCUCAAGUACUCGAGCACAGCAGCCAAGUACACUGGUGCACCAGCGCCAACACGCUCAGCGUAAUUUCCUUUGCGGAGAAGACGGUGGAUUCGACCAACUGGGAAUUGAAGCCCUGCUCGGGAUGAGCGGCUUUUAGACUUGGUGCCCUUAGCUUUACCUUUUCCGCGACCAGACAUGUUUGAAUAUUUCGAAAGGUUUACUCGUUGCGAGAAUGUAGGAAAAAGAAUGAAUGAACGUCAGUAUUUAUGGUUAGUUAUUUAUGCACGAAGGAUCGAAAAGCGCCAAUCAUAUCUUUGUUGACCGAUUGAAUUUCAAUAACCGUUGUCUCUGGUUUGUUUACAAAAGAAAUGAAAUACAAAGAAGUUUGACCUCUGCGGUCAUUCUGGGUUGAUACCCAAUCAGCAAUCGCAAAUUUCGAUCCGUAUGAUAAUUGAUCCUUCCGUCUAUUCACUAUAAAUUGAAGAAGCAUCAAGUUGCCCGGUAUUGAGGUUGCAACUGUUCUUCAGAUAUUAUGGCUCCCAAAGUUGCAGGAAAGAAAGGCGAGAAGAAAGCCGGAAAGGCAAAGGCAAUUGCUGCUGACGGAAAGAAGAAGAGGAGAGGAAAGAGAAGGGAAAGCUAUGCUAUCUACAUCUACAAAGUGUUGAAGCAAGUUCACCCUGACACUGGUAUCUCCAGCAAAGCCAUGGGCAUCAUGAACUCGUUCGUCAACGACAUCUUCGAGCGCAUUGCUACCGAAGCUUCUCGUCUGGCCCACUACAACAAGAAAUCGACUAUCAGCUCCCGUGAGAUCCAGACAGCCAUCAGGUUGCUUCUGCCCGGCGAACUGGCCAAACACGCCGUCAGUGAAGGAACAAAGGCUGUGACCAAGUACACUAGCAGCAAGUAAACUCACUUUGUGGGUUUCCCGCCAAAACAAACGGCUCCUUUAGGAGCCACCAAAUGUUAUGAAAGUCUGACCAACGUACGAACGUUAAAGGUUUUAAAAGUCGUAAAACAACAAUGCAUUUUAUCAUUCCUUCUAUAUUUCCUAUUUUUCAUUCUUGUAUCACUGUUUCGGUGUGAACGAAUGAAAUUUAAAACAGAUUUGAGUAGUCGGAACCUGCAACAUCAAUGAUUAGUAAAUUACUAAUUUUAGGAUCACUAGCCCUGUGUGCAGACCGUAAUUUAGCUUACAGGACAAACAUUGACAACGAGCAUUCUUUCUUUCUAGGUGAAGUCCGUGGCGCGAUUAAAAAAAACAGCGAAUAAAAAGUGAGGCGCUUUUUGUCGUGCGCCACACUUCCGAAAUUCCGCGCGGCGCGCCAACAUCAAUUUUGUUUUUUACUGUUAUCUUCUUGCAUAACUUAAUCGCGUGGAGAUAAAGGUUUUUUUUUCCUACAAUUUCAAUAUGAUUUAUUUCAGACUUUUUUAAUCCUAAGAUUGAUACGGUCAUCUAUGAGGAGUUCAGCGAGAAUCGCUUGUGCCUGAGCUGAAAAGAACGAGUGGCUAACGCUUUUUUGCGCGUAGAAAGGUAACAUCGGGUUAGAUUCUGAAUCGUCCCUUGUCGCUGAUAGCGGGAAGGAUGCUUAUACACAAUAUAUAUUAAUUAACUUCACUGAUGCUAACCUUAAAACUGCUGAGCUAUCAGUUCAUGGAAGGGAGGCGAAAAAGCGGGCGUUCAGAAAACCGCGGGAAUGAGGCGAAGGAAAACCGCAGCCCUGAUAACCGCCGUUUUUGCUGGCACAGUCUUGGUCCUUUAACAACUGACAUGACAUAACAUUUUGCAAACUGAUAAUAUUUCAUACUCUUUUUGAAAGCAGUCUGCUGUACGUUUAGUAAGAUUCCAAACCUUGCAAUUAUUCACCGAUCUGUUUUCUAAACAAUUUUGUCAAGAAAGGGGCAGUAGUUUGAGGCAAGCUGCUUACGUGGAGCUUUCCUACCAGUUGAUUUACAAGCAGUUUGCUUUGAGCGGGCCAUUCUUUGAAAACGUUUCGUGAUAACAAAUAUGUAAAACGAAAUCUAUUUAUACUUUGACGGGCUUGUGUCUGAUUAACUAUAAAAUUAGUGAUCUGAUUGGCCAAGUGUGGAAACUGUAAAUAAUAUCAUAGUUUUGUAGUUGUAUUUCGAUCCGAAUCGACCUGGAAUGGUUUAUAAGGCUUUGGAACAUCUCUGAGCAGUGUAAAAACUUGCUUUAAACGAGAGAAUGCUUAACGAAAUUGGUUUGUGAUAGUUCAAACGAACUGUCAUCAACUAAAUGUAAGCACUUGUUUGAUUUGGUAGCGCGCAGGCUGACAAAUAGCUGUGCUUGCGUGAUAAUUUGAAUUAUAUGUUUUGAAAUAAUUUGGCCUUUAGCCCUUUGUUCUGCAUUCAACCAAUGCCAAGCUACGCCUGUCUUGUUUUCUGAGAGGUCAUUGUUGCCCCUAUAAACGCUAGUCAUUCGGGUACAACUCAGUCACUCGAGUAUUAAUCAACAUGUCAGGUCGCGGUAAAGGAGGUAAAGGUCUCGGAAAAGGAGGCGCCAAGCGUCACCGAAAGAUCCUUCGGGAUAACAUCCAAGGUAUAACUAAGCCAGCCAUCCGUCGUCUUGCUCGCCGUGGCGGUGUCAAGCGUAUCUCUGGUCUGAUCUACGAAGAGACUCGCGGUGUUCUCAAAGUUUUCCUCGAGAAUGUGAUCCGUGAUGCUGUGACAUACACCGAGCACGCCAAGAGAAAGACUGUGACAGCCAUGGAUGUGGUAUACGCUCUGAAGAGACAAGGUCGCACUCUGUACGGCUUUGGCGGUUAGACGGACAUUUCACACAACAAACGGCUCCUUUAGGAGCCACCAAGUCUUAAAAAAGUCGUGACCAAUAAAGUUGUUGAAAUAAUCGAUUAGAAAGAGGCUGGAAUUAUAUUAUUUCUUGCUACGUGAAGCGCGCGCCCGAAUAGCCACUUCAGAGUACAUUUUCUCGGGGUUUUGUAGAAUAUGAAGUGGCCGCCUUUCAUCUUCCUGCGUGUCCAUGAAACAUAAUUGUCUUUAAAUGUUGAAGCAUGCGAUCUAGUAAUGUUACUCACAAUGCACAGAAACGCAAAAAAAAAAGAGAACACUACUACGGAGCGUUGCCGGGUUUUUGAAAGCAUUGGACUGUGACAUUUUGUGGCCGCUAUACUAACUGAGACGACCACAGAUGCAGUAUCGAAUAACAAGAAAAAUUUCAAUAUACCCUCCACGCGUGACAAAUUUGGUGCAAUGUCUGACGUUCUUCCAUCGAGUGGUCCGAGGAAAAGAAAAUAAACUUUUCACUUUGUGUCGGGUUUGCAGGUGCAAAAUAUUAUAGACAGCUUUGCGUCAUCGAGUGCUGAUCAGUCAAAUAUAAAUAUUUGUUGCUUUAUUUACUUGGCGCAGUGUAGGUGAUGAAAGAAAAUCCGAGAAAAUUUUGGCGCAAUUCCUGUAACGGUCUGGUGACAAGGCAGAAUGACCGGUUAGCGUCGCGGAUUUCUGCACGUAAAUCACAUGUCAGAAUUGGUGCAUUUUAAACAGAAAAAUUGGUGAAUUGUCACGGCGAAAGAAUUGUCAAAAAAAUUAAUAGAUCACGAAUCGACGCAAGUUGAAAGCGCAGGGAUUUUGCUGGCUAACCACUUGCAGUCCAAAAUCGCGUCAACGAAAGACAGCCAAGUUAUUUGUGAAAAGGUCUUGACCACAAUUUUAACUGCUGCAGCAAGCAACCACUCUAUCGUAUUGUAAGUAAAGUGGAUGUUUUUUAACUGGGAGAGUGGAACCGUUUCUGUUCAAGUCAUCUUUUUGUAGUUCUGAGUUUGAGUAUGUUUGACGGAUAUGAAAGGAAUUAAAAACCGUUGAUAAAGACUUUAAUUGUAUUUGGUGGCUCCUAAAGGAGCCGUUUGGUGUAGGAAGUGGAAAACUUGUUUAAGCUUUUGGUUUCUUCUCGGUCUUCUUGGGUAGAAGAACAGCCUGAAUGUUGGGAAGAACACCUCCCUGUGCAAUGGUGACACCGGCAAGCAGUUUGUUCAACUCCUCGUCAUUACGGACAGCCAGCUGAAGGUGACGGGGGAUGAUUCUUGUUUUCUUGUUGUCACGAGCAGCGUUACCCGCCAACUCGAGGAUCUCAGCGCUCAAGUACUCGAGCACAGCAGCCAAGUACACUGGUGCACCAGCGCCAACACGCUCAGCGUAAUUUCCUUUGCGGAGAAGACGGUGGAUUCGACCAACUGGGAAUUGAAGCCCUGCUCGGGAUGAGCGGCUUUUAGACUUGGUGCCCUUAGCUUUACCUUUUCCGCGACCAGACAUGUUUGAAUAUUUCGAAAAGUUCACUCGAUGCGAGAAUGUAAGAGAAUGAAUGAACUUCAAUAUUUAUGGUUAGUUAUUUAUGCACGAAGGAUCGAAAAGCGCCAAUCACAUCUUUGUUGACUGAUUGAAUUUCAAUAACCGUUGUCUCUGGUUUGUUUACAAAAGAAAUGAAAUACAAAGAAGUUUGACCUCUGUGGUCAUUUUGGGUUGAUACCCAAUCAGCAAUCGAGGAUUUCGAUCCGUAUGAUAAUUGAUCCUUCCGUCUAUUCACUAUAAAUUGAAGAAGCAUCGAGUUGCUCGGUAUUGAGGUUACAACUGUUCUUCAGUUAUUAUGGCUCCCAAAGUUGCAGGAAAGAAAGGCGAGAAGAAAGCCGGAAAGGCAAAGGCAAUUGCUGCUGAUGGAAAGAAGAAGAGGAGAGGAAAGAGAAGGGAAAGCUAUGCUAUCUACAUCUACAAAGUGUUGAAGCAAGUUCACCCUGACACUGGUAUCUCCAGCAAAGCCAUGGGCAUCAUGAACUCGUUCGUCAACGACAUCUUCGAGCGCAUCGCUACCGAAGCUUCCCGCCUAGCCCAUUACAACAAGAAAUCGACUAUCAGCUCCCGUGAGAUCCAGACUGCGAUCAGGCUGCUUCUGCCCGGCGAACUGGCGAAACACGCCGUCAGUGAAGGAACAAAGGCUGUGACAAAGUACACUAGCAGCAAGUAA